UCGCUUGUGACGGUUGGUGUAUCUCUCUUGACUCAUGCACGAUCCGAUCUAGGAGUGCCACUUUCAACUUGUUCUUUGCUAGAUGAUCAUCUAAUGCACCGAUUCAAUUUUUUUCUUCUGAUCCAAGGAAUCGACAACAUGAAGUCUUCUGUCAUCUGUCUCACAGUCUUCUGUAUUCUUUGUGUCGGACCAGCUCUAGCUGAUAUCACAAGUUCCACUUGGACUUAUGCAGGAGCUGGUGAUACCGAUCAAUCUUUUUGGAAAGACAUUCCUGGAUCCUUCUGCGAUGGCUCAUCUCAAUCACCUAUCAAUAUCGUCACAAAGUGGACUCGAGAUAUCGAAUAUACCCCAUUCAAUCUAGAGUCUUAUGAAGAUGUCACCAUGGACGCGACUGUAGAAAACAACGGCCAUGCACUCGAAGUGGAAAUCUCUGGAAGUGACGAUACAGGUUAUUAUGAUAUAACUGGUGGCGGACUGACUGGAACGUUCAGAGCAUACCAGUUCCAUUUUCAUUUUGGUUCCACCGGAAGGCAAGGGUCUGAGCAUACUAUUGAUGGGGAGCGUUAUCCCGCUGAGAUGCACAUCGUCCAUUAUGAUACAGCAUAUGACGCACCCGGUAGUGCUAUCCAGCAUAAGGGGGGUAUUGCAGUACUCGGAUUCUUUCUAGAGGAAGACGACGAAGAUAACGAGGCACUUGACAAUAUACUGGAUCAAGUUAGUCAUAUUGUGCAACCUCAUACUGAAGAAGAGAUACAUGACUUCACCCUCUCUGAAUUACUACCCUCAUCACUGGAUAAAUUCUGGCGAUAUGACGGUUCUCUGACUACACCUCUGUGCAACGAAGUCGUGACGUGGACGCUUUUUGAAGAUACCAUCAAAAUUUCAAAGAGUCAGCUGCAAACCAUGCGCCAACUGAUGAGUGAAGCGGUAGAUGGAGACGGCAAUGAAAUGCAUAUGUACGAUAAUUACCGUGAUAUUCAGGACCGUAAUUUGCGCACCAUCUAUUCCGUGGUCACUGAUGACGAUGAAGGCGAUGAUGGUCACAUUCAUCCAUCACCCACUGAUGGUGCAGCGAGACCAUCCCCUGGAAUGGUGACCGUGAUAAUGGCUGCAUUCCUUACAACAUUCGUUUUCAGGCUUUGAUUCGUUAUUAUUAUUCAUCACUGGUAUUCUGACAUAACAAUCUCAGAGGCGGCAUCUUUCUAUCUCGCUUUACAAAUAAAAAAAAAUCUGAAAUGACUUAUCCUGAAA